AUGCCGGGCAAGACAACCACCUCGUCUCGCAUCACUAAGUUCACCAACUGUCGCCUCGUGCGCGGUUCAUCUCUGGUGGAACAGGAUCUUUGGAUUGACUCGCUGUCCGGAAAAAUUCUCAAGGACCAAGAGGCUUUUUAUGAACUGCACCUCUCCCCAGAUGAAAUCAUCGACCUCGGCGGUCGCAUUUUGGCUCCCGGCCUGAUUGACGUCCAGUUGAAUGGUGCACAUGGCUUUGAUUUUUCUGUCCCCUGUGAGACCAAAGAGGAGUAUGAUGAAGGCCUGCGCAUGGUGAACCACGGUCUCGCUCGCACUGGUGUCACCUCCUACCUCCCGACGGUAGUCAGCUCGCUCCCCGAAGUCUACUGGAAGGUCCUUCCCUCCCUUGGUCCUUCUGGAGCUACCCACUAUGCGCAAGAUGGCGCUGAAUCCCUCGGAGCUCACGUCGAGGGCCCUUUCAUUAGCCCGGGCCGUAACGGCAUCCACAAAACAGAGGUUCUGCGUGAAGCCCAGAACUUUGAGGAUCUGAUCCACUGUUAUGGUGCCGAAAAUAUGGGUACCGAAUGCCCUAUCAAAAUGAUUACAGCCGCCCCGGAGGUGGGAAACAUGAUGGCUCAGAUCCCCGAAAUCGCCAAGCGCAACAUCAUCUACUCCAUCGGUCACUCAGAUGCCACGUAUGAGCAGGCUGUUUCGGCCACGCAACAGGGUGCCAGCAUGAUUACGCAUUUGUUCAACGCUAUGCGUCCCUUCUACCACCGCAACCCGGGUGUCUUCGGCCUGCUUGGCCGAAGCGAACGUCGUCGCCCUUACUACGGUGUGAUUGCGGAUGGCAUCCAUCUGCAUCCGACUUCUAUUAAGAUCGCGUACAAUGCUCAUCCGGAUGGUUUGGUUCUUGUUACCGAUGCUAUGCGCCUGUGCGGGCUACCCGAUGGCGUUUAUGAAUGGACCAACGGCGAGCGCAUUGUCAAAACCGGUGCUCGCUUGACCCUGGAGGGAUCUGAUAAGAUCGCUGGUAGCUCAGCAACCCUUAUUGAGUGUGUGAACAACUUCCGUCGCUGGUCAGGCGCCUCCACUGUCGACGCCAUCAACGCCGUGACGGCCACUCCUGCACGCUUGCUAGGUGUCGAGGGGGUGAAGGGAUCCUUGGAAAGCGGUGCGGAUGCCGACUUGGUCGUUCUGGGUGAAAAGGAAGACCCUUACUCAGGCUCCAUUCUGACAGUCGAUCAAGUGUGGAAAUUUGGUGUGAAGAUUCAUGACACUGACAAGGCAACGGUUUAA